GUCCGACUCGGGGACUCAUCAAGCCUGUCCUGUCCGUCAGUCCAAAGAUGGUCGACCGCGAGCAGCUGGUGCAGAAAGCCAGGCUGGCCGAGCAGGCUGAGCGGUAUGACGACAUGGCGGCCGCCAUGAAAUCGGUCACGGAGCUGAACGAGGCGCUGUCCAACGAAGAGCGCAACCUGCUGUCGGUGGCCUACAAGAACGUGGUGGGCGCCCGGCGCUCGUCCUGGCGCGUCAUCUCCAGCAUCGAGCAGAAGACGUCGGCCGACGGCAACGAGAAGAAGAUCGAGAUGGUGCGCGUCUACCGCGAGAAGAUCGAGAAGGAGUUGGAGGCCGUGUGCCAGGACGUGCUCCGCCUGCUGGACGACUUCCUGGUCAAGAACUGCGGCGACGCGCAGCAGGAGAGCAAAGUCUUCUACCUGAAGAUGAAGGGCGACUACUUCCGCUACCUGGCCGAAGUGGCGGCGGGCGACAAGCGCGCCGCCGUGGUGGAGUCGUCGGAGAAGGCCUACGACCAGGCGCACCAGAUCAGCAAGGAGCACAUGCAGCCCACGCACCCCAUCCGCCUGGGCCUGGCCCUCAACUACUCCGUCUUCUACUACGAGAUCCAGAACGCCCCCGAGCGGGCCUGCCAGCUGGCCAAGACGGCCUUCGACGACGCCAUCGCCGAGCUGGACACCCUCAACGAGGACUCCUACAAAGACUCCACGCUCAUCAUGCAGCUGCUGCGCGACAACUUGACUCUGUGGACCAGCGACCAGCAGGACGACGAGGCCGGCGAGGGCAACAACUAAAGCGCCCGCCCAGGCCGAAGGCCACCGCCGUGGCCCACCACAAUGGCGGCAGGGUGAGCGAGAGAGAGCGAGAGAGAGCGAGAGAGAGAGGCAGGCCGCUGGACCUUGGCGGCCGCCUUUUGCCCGCUCACGCAGCCGCCGCCGGCGUCCUUUAUUUUUGCGCCUUUCCAGAAAAGAACAACAGAGUUCCCGAUUUGCAACACUUGCCAGUUUCAAAGCAAAAGUGACCUCACUUGCACUCUUGAGUGAAAGAAAUCAUUACGCUGGUCCACUCCAGGAAAUAAUCCCACCCACAUGUCAUUAUUCCCCGUUACAAAACGCAAAUUCACAUGAAUCAAUCGAUCCAAACUAUUCUGCUAUUUCAUUUGUGGAGAGUAUAAAUCACACAGCAGUCUGCACAGAUUUCAUUGGUACUCGUCAAUUUCAGGAAGAAAUCCCAGCCCGAACCUAAUGGUCGCAUUCAGUAAGUAGCCCCAGCCCGAACAACCAAGCCGUGCAUUGGCCCAAAGUUGCAACAAAAAGUCAUCAUGGACUGUGCUUGUCGUGCAUUCUUUUUGCAGCAAAUAAAAAAAAGAAAAAAGAAAUGUGAUAGCAAAGCAGCUUUUUGCUUUGAUUGGAUGAGCCGCACUCGCCUCCUGCUACCAUACGCUACUUGAGUGUACAACGAUGAGCCUAGUAAGAAUAAUCAAUCCUAUUCAAUCUUGUGCAUGCUGUUGAUGUAUUUCUAUACGCUCGCUUGACUUGAGUCACUUCCUGUUUACUGUGGACGUUAACUAUUUAUAUGACUGAGAAAAAAAAAUGCAGCCUCCUGUCCAACUUUUUUUUCUUUUAAAAUGAUUAUUUUCUAUACUGGUCAUUUAAAAAACAAACAAAAAAAGGAAGCGUUGUUUUCCAGAUGAAAGAAAGGAAGGGAUGGAUGCUAGAACGUCACAUGUGCUCUCACAAUGGAGAGGGGGGAAAGAAAAAAGAAAACAAGAGGACCACGCCAGCACUAAUCUCCCGUCUUGGAUUAUUUCUGCGCCAUGACAAAGACGUUUGGACCGCAUGGAAUGGGAUUUGUUUGCUCUUCUUUCUCUCUCUUUCUCUCUCUCGCACUGUUUUCCUCACGUGACAACAAAUAUCUUGAAUGUGAGUCUUGAUGUAGCGGUUGCACAAAAAUAUUAGCUAGGAUGAAGAAUAAAAAAAGGCUGAUGACGA